AUGUCUCAAAUGGGGAUAAAUCUACCCCAUGGACAAAACACCAUGCAGCAGCAACAACAACAACAUCAACAAACUCGGAGAUUCCAAGACGAAAUGCCAACGCAGCAACAACAGGAACAAUAUGGUCAAGAUUACGGACAUACCAAUCAACAUUCACAGCAGUCACAACACAAUCAUCAACAGGCUUUGAAUGGGUUUCCCCCACUAGAGGAUGAUUCACUCCUUACUUUGGGCGAUGAGUUGUUGAACAGUCUCGCAUCAUGCGUGAGCACACCGGCACUCACUCCAAUGCUGACACCUGCCGAGGCCUUUCACUUUCUGAGUAGCAGUGAUCUGAACUUUAGUUCUGAUACCGAUAUGAAUUUUCUGGGCGCAUCUGCGUUGGCGCCACUCACAGACAUGCAAAGCAUGCAUCUGCCAACGCCCGGGUUCCCUUCCACCAACGAUCACCUGGAUAUGGGUAUGCACAUGUCAAAAACCAAUCACAAGGAGGAUAGUACAAGUACCCAGAACAGUUCGGCGGAUAUGGCUAACAGUGGCGAGCGCAUUGACGACGAAGGUAUGCGCAUGAAUGGAGGAUCUGGGACAAUGAUCCACGCUACUACGAACAAGCAUGGCACGAAAGGCAAAGAAGAUGCGAACACCUGUGCAGGUCCUACCACGUACACAUCAGCAACCGCUCCUACUGAGGGGAUGUUCGACAGUACUGCACACAGCGCAAACCUCCCACAGCGCCAGGAAAGUAAUUAUGUGGUCAAUGGGACACAUCGCAAUGUCACAGCAACAGGGACCUGGGGGGAUGCAGAAGCGGCCAGAAACCGAGAGAGCAGGGCCACUGUGAGUGAGAGUGUAUUCCAUGCGCCAACGACUGAUUAUACCAGCUUUGGCUUUGGAUUACUACUCAACGGGGCGGGUCGACAACCUACCCGACAGCAGGACCAGUUUGCAGUACCCACAUCAGUGUUUGGGGCGAUGCUCCCGCCCGCUAUGCCAAUACCAGUCCAAGGAGUCCCUUUAGCUGGUGUGAACCAGGUGCACAAAGCGCCGCUCCUGCAAAGGCGGCAGAGCGUACCGGCCCCAAUAAAACCAGCCAUACCGGUAUCCAGCACAUACAAAAGCGGGUCACACUCCAAUCAGACCACCCCCCAAUUGGCGCCCACCCCAUUCACAACUCCAGUACUGCCGCAUGCAAUGUGGGGCACAACCUCACCCGUAGUACCACCGCUGCAACUGCCUGAAGUGAAAAGUAAUUACCAGGCCAUACAGGAGGGCGAGGGAAGCUCCCGGGGCUUCGUGGACGAUGUUCUCAAGGUGGGCAAUCGUCGGAUACACCACAAAACAAGCGAGAAGCGCCGUCGAGAGACGAUCAAUAUGCUGUUUGCUCAGGCGGCUGCGCUGGUUCCCGUAUUGACCCAACAGCGCGCGAAAGGGGUCAGUCACAGCAAAACAGUGAUCCUCCAACAUGUUGUGGAUCACCUUGCGGAGCGCACAAGCAGCGACGCACAGAUCACACAGCUGCGAGAGCGCAAUCACGCUCUGGUGCAGGAGAACACAAAGCUCAAACGGUAUGUUGGACAAUCAUACAACAAUGUCAAAUUUAUUCUGGAGAAUGAGCCCGAAUUACCUGGGCUGACCAAGCGAUGGUUUCUAAAUCGAAUCUUCAAUCAGACAGAGAAGGCGCGAAUUUUGACCCUGCUCAAGAAACACAAACAGGAAUAUGUCGAUAGAGAUAUUGACCUGAAGGAGUUCGAGUCCCAAACAAGCAUUGAGUACGACAACCCACUUUAUGUGCGCAUGGACCAUAUCCGUUACACUCCCCCAAUGGCCGAUCACCACGAUAUCGAUCGCGCCAUAUACCGCGAGAGUAUCAUAGACAAUAUGUACCAGACGCGUAACCGGUAUGUUAUCAACAACAACGGCGCCCGGAAUGAGAUGGUUAGUCUGGGCAAGAAGGACGGUUUCCGAUGGAUUCUACCGUUCGAUGGAAACUGCUUCUUCACAAUGAAUGCGUGGGCUGAGAUGCGCAACAUCGUGCACCAUCGAGGCAACGAAACCAAGUACUUUUACGUACCCAUGGAACGUAUGCAAGAUAAUGCAGAUCUACUCGACCCCAAUUUCUGGCCCGAUGCCUUAGAAGAACCUCAAUUGUUAUUCCGAAACGAUUCCAGCGAGAAAUUUGACGAGGAAAAGACUAGAUACGGCCGCAGGCCUAAAGUGGACAUGUUGCUGAGAUUGGCCAUCCCGGGUGUAUGGGAUGCACAGGUGCUCAAGAGUAACCCUUACUACGAAGAGUACUCGUACGAGAUCUCCCAGGACAUCCCUGGGAAUGAUACGGUGCCUCCUGCAAGUUGGGUAGCCCGUCUAUACAGUGGAAGUGCUGAGCAGGAGCAGACUACAGAAGAUAGUGCGUCACUACGGAAGUACGCACGGUGCAUUGGUGUGCAAUUGAUCUGUGACCAAGUAGCCGCAAAGGCCCUAGAAGAACUCCAUGGCUUCAACCCCGAUGACAUGCUGUUCUACAACAAAAAGGCCCUUAAAAAGACGCGUAACAGCUACAAAGACGGUGAUCUAGCCGAGAAUGUCGCCGAGCAGUUGCGCACGUGCGCGGAAGAUGCGUACCUAAAAGACGCAGAAUCCUUGCUUGCCAUCUCACCAGAAGGGCCUAUCUACACAUCCGUCGAGUACGGAGUGCGUGACCACACCGAGCCCGAGGUAGCAGCACCGGGUCGUCUGGCACCGUUCUUCCGCAGUGUCACAUGUUUGGGGUUGGCUGGCUAUGUGCUGGGCGAGAAACGGUACAUCGAGCGCGCCAGUCAGUUGGUGAACAACUUCUUCGACCAGGGCAGAGACAAUAGCGUAUCUGUAGACACUAUGAUCAACAACAUCUACCCUAAGAAGAAGGAGGAAAUUGAGGAAUUGCACAACAUAGAGAAGGCUAUCCUGGGUGUGUACGAGUUCAAAGACUGGUACUACGUCCUGGACAUUGUGCGCCUGUUAAACAGUGAGAAGGCACUUACUGCUACCGAUAUGGUUGCUGCACGUGACUGGAUGAGUGAGUACUUUGAAAAGGUGCAGGCCAUUGCCAAGCCUCGUGUUCCUGUGUGGGGCUUUGAGAUGGCAAGCGCCGCGGCUAGAGGGGUGUGGUACGAUGUGCAGAUGGCAUCUAUCGCACACUUUGUGGGCAAUUCCAAGGACUUCCUCGUAAUUAUAGAUUCUGGAAAGGCCCGUAUGCAGCGCCAGUUCAGCAACACCGGUGCACAAGGUGAUUGGGAGGGCGAGUUCAUCGGGACCAUUGCCACAGCGAGAGCGGAAUUGGAGACCACCUCCAAUCGGAUUAUGCGACAGCUUACUGAGUCUGGGUAUGUAUUGAGUGGUUGGGUGGCCAUGUGUCAGAUGGCCACCACUGCGAAUGUGGAUCUGUGGAACUACAAGCACAAGAUGGGAUUGAACGGACCACUCCUGAGAGGUGCAUUGACAGUCUAUCUGCCAUUUUAUAGCGACAAGACGGAGCUGCCAUCGACGCACGGCGUGGCUGAGCGUCAGGAGUUUCAGGACAAGCUCAAGUUAAAGUUGCGCUCUACAUACAACAACCUCAACACAUCCAAACCAGAAGGGCUCUGGACAGAGGACCUGUUGGUAGCUAUCUACCACAUGACCCGCGACCAGUACAACGACCUAGAAGCAAGCAAGAAGGUUGUGUCUAAGGUACACCACUAUAAUGAGGCUGUGACUAUGCCUGUAGAGAAUACUGGUCUAAUCAGGCCUUUCUGGAAUCUAGCUUUAUAAUUGUAAGGUGUACCUUCAGCUCUGGUUGACCAGGUUGAAAACAUAUCAAUGGAUUCGCACGAGGGCAUGUCGCCCAGUUACUGUUCCCGAAAUCAUGAAUGUGCAUCAGCUUGUCGUACCAAGACAUGCACAUUGCGCAAUCAACCACCAUGUACAUGCAUGAAGAUACUAUCGCUUUUCAUGAGAGAUAGGAUGGCUUUAAAUCCUCUUCCAAACCAUAGUGUUUGUAUGUAAGCCAAUCCCGUGCGAGGUGCUUGCAGGCUUUAAGAUUCCCAGCCACCUAGUGCAGACGUUGAGUAGUCUAGCCUGUAACCACUUUAUACAGAUGUAUGUAAAUAUGAAUAUAUAUACAUAUAGAUGUAUAUGAACGGACUAAAUACUUCAGAACGAGGAGUAACAAAAGACAGUAAACAACACCAGUUCUUUUUGCCGCAGCGUUGUAGUACGAGUGCGUGGAGGUGAUUGCAAAAUGAGAGAGUAGUGUAGUUAGCGUCAUAAUUUAAAUAAAAACCAAAAAAAAA